AUGAUGCUUUUGGAUUACCUGAAAGAUUCUUUUAAGCAAGUUAAACACAACAUUAAAAGCAAUGAUCUAGAAAGUAUAAUUUGGCUUGUAAACUUAGUUCCAUCACGGGCUGGUUUUUCCAUUGUGGGAGAUAAAAUAUCUGCACCAUUCUGGAUUGUACACUUGUCUCUUCUAUUCUACGUGUAUGCAGUCGGCAAUUACGUGUACCUGACGAGAUUUGCGGAGGGAGCCGUGGACUCUAUCAAGAGUUUCGUCAAUAUAUCGCUAUUUACGCUUAUAUUGAACAACAGCUAUUGGUUUUUGAUGAAAAAACCAUUGUUGAAGACAGUACUUGAACAAGUGAGCCUUAACGAUAGUUUGUCAAGAGAGAAAGAAUUUAUGAGGAAAAAGCAUGAAAAGUUAUUAUAUGUCAUUAAGAAGAUUUUAUUUAUUUUCUACGGAUCCAAUUUAAUAGAUGCAUGUUUUAUUUACUUGCCACAUCGAGUCAAUGUUACAGAUGAUUAUUACUCGAUGACGCCGUGUGUCGGAUUGGAGCCGCUAACUACAACACCCAACCGCGAAAUAUGUCUAGUAAUUCUUUGUGCACAAGAAAUUUGCAUAAUGACAGUUGUUCUCAAUUAUCAAGCUCUACUUCUGUUCAUUAUCGCACAUACUGCAGCUAUGUACGAAAUGCUAUCAGCAGAAAUAUUGAUCUUUGAUGAAUAUGACAAUACUCCAGAAAGUUACGCUGCUGUGAAAGAACGUUUACCAAUACUGAUCCAACGUCACUCCUUGACUUUGAAUAUCAUUAAAAACAUCAAGGCCUUGUACUCUAUGCCGAUUGGGGUUAACUUUGGCAGCAAUGCAGUUUGCAUAUGUUUAUUUUUCUAUGUACCUUUUGACGAAUGGGUCACAUUGACACCGAUUCUUAUAUAUUGUUUUCUCGUUUUCUUUUUGUAUUGUUUCCUUUGUCAGCGGCUAAUAAACGGUGCAGAGUUGUUCGAGAAUGCAAUAUACAGUUGUGGUUGGGAGAAGUUUAGUAUGAAGGAGAAGAAAAUGAUAUUUGUGAUGUUGAUGCAAGCUCAACGGGCGGUCACUUUGUUAGCAGCUGAUAUAAUUCCAGUUAACAUUUAUACAUUUGCAACGACUCUUCAAGCUAUGUACAAAUUUGUAACUGUCGUAAAACUUUAAAUAUAAAAAAUAUAUUUAGUCUGCAUACUUUAUGCAAGUAGUUACAUGUUAAUUUUUACAAUCACUAAUUAUCACUUACAUUACAAAUGAACUCAUUAUUACCUCUUUGAGAAACACUAUCUUACAGGUAAAAUAAAGGGUACCUACUUAUUGAAAAACAAACUCUAAUGGCACAGUAAUUCAAAAAGGUCAUUAAUUUCAUGAUUUGCGUUUAUUUGUUGUUUCAUAAUGCUAGUUUUGAAAUAAAUAAAACAUUUUUGGUUCUUUCUGAAA